CCGCGAUGCUUUUGAAAAGGAUAGAUAUUUGGAGUAACCAAGCACGACUGCCUGAUUGACUGUCAUAUCUGCUACCGACUUUGACAGCAACAAUUCAUAACAACGACGAUUGAACAUCAAUCACCAUGGGCGAAGAAACUACCUCUAGAGGUAAAGAUACCGAAUCCGCUGAAUUGACGCCGCCAUCCGAGUUCCUUGCGCCAUGUCCCAAAUUUCGGGUCUUGGUCUUGGGAAACCCCGAGUCAACCAAGCAGGAGCUGUUUUCGCGGGUGUUUGGUGUUGAUCUUGAAAAGAAACUAGUCUCCGACGCCUUCUCCGCCACCCACGACAUCAACCUCCCCCUCGACCUGCAAGGCCAAAACAAGCGCGUCGAAAUCUUUUCCUCCCCCAACUUUUUCUUUCCCUCUCCUCCUCCCGAAUCAGGCGAAGACGACCCGUCGUACAUCCUCGCCUACGCCACCCUCCGCAUCGUCACCGACUUCAUCAAGGCCCAUACCUCUUCUGAUACCACGGCACCCCUCCACGCAAUCUGGUACUGCGUCUCGUCCGCCGACCCCGACCGCCCGAUAUCGGCUGUCGAGCAAUACUUCUUUGACCACCUAUCGGGCAUCGUACCCACGCAUAUCCCUGUAUUGUUGCUGUUUACCAAAUAUGAUGAGUUUGUAAGUCAGGUGCAGAUGGAAUGGAUCAAGUCUGCGCAGGAAAAGGGUAUGUCGAAAGUGGCUGUGGCGCAUAUUUUGCGGGACUUGGUACAUAAGCGGUUUGAAGAUACGAUUGGGAAGAAGUGGGGACAGCUUUUGAAGAGCGUGGAUAGCGGGUUGGUAUUGGAGCAGGCGAGGAGGGAUAGUGGGUUUGGGUAUAGUUUUGGGUUUGGGUAUGGGGGCUCGGAUCGGAAGGAUGUGUUGCAUUUAGAUGAUAGGGAGGUUGAAGAAGGUGGGAAAAAAAGGGAGGUGGUGAGAGUUUUGGUGGGUGGAGGGGGGGAGUCAGAGCAAGAUUGGGGAGGGGAGCCGGCGUGGGGGGGGGAGUUGGCGGGCGUGGAGGAAGGGGGGUAUGGAGAGUUGGUGAAGAGGACGUUGGAGGGGUUGAAGGAGUCCAAGGAGGUGAGGAGGGCGUUUGCGGCUGCGCAGAGGUGUUCGGCGGGUGUUUCGAGCGAGUUCGCCGCAGAAUUGGCAUCCACCUACUUUGACGUCGACACCGGACACGCCCGCAAGCUCCACGGCGUCGACGUGCGCGACAUCAUGCCCAACUUCUACGCCAAAGCCGUCCAGCUCUUCAACCUGCGCGACGUCUCGUCCGUGCUCGAGGACCCCAACCUCCUGGUGCGCAUUCUCGAAGCCACAUUUGGCAUGCACCAGCGCAUCCUCGUCGACGACUCCCUCUCGCACUCCUCCACCGAACCCAGCAUCUUCCUCGGCCUCUCCCCGCACGAGCGCGCCGUCCUGCUGGCUCAAGGCAUGGCGGCCGUCAUUCUGUUCCUACACAAGCUCGCCGACGUGCAAUGGCCUCAUCGCGACAACAGUCGUGGCAUCUUGCCGCCCGCAACUAUCACGGCCAAGGACGUGCAGCGCGUCAUUGACGAGAUUGAAAGGGGGACCGAGAAGCGGGAGUUGCUGGAGGAGAUUGAGAGCAGUCCGAUUUUCACGAGCUGUCGGAUGCGGAAAGAGGUGGCGGAUUUGAUUUACGGGGCUGUGGAAAAGGCGGAUAAAGGCGCGGCGUCGCAUUUCACACGGGAGGCGAGGGGCAAGGGCACGGUGAUGGUGGAUGAUUCGGAUUUGCAGGAGAUUAGCCUGUCGUUUGUGAAUGAUAAGGGACCUGAAGAUAUGGUGCUGCCGAAUGGCUUGAGGAUAUUGCCGUUGAACUGACGGAUGGAAUUUGGAAACAGGACUGGGAUUGACUGCUGCAAUUGGAAAGGGAUUGGUUGGAUGUCAUGAUUGGAAACAUAAUUGGGGAAGGCGUUUGGGGGGUUGAUUGAGUGAUAUGUUCGCAAUGAUGAAUGAAUUAACAGUAUUUAACUGGGACGGAAUGAAAA